AUGGCCAUGACCGCCGACCCAGCGUCCACCGAUGCCACCAAAUCUCCGCAACCCGUGACCCUGCGAACUACGACGGCCCUCCCUUCACGCAGCCCGAUCCCGCUGUCCGCGUCGCAGGAAACACAGGUGCAGCAGUUAUAUUACAAGCGGGUGCGGGCGAUCUGUCGGACGGAGAUCCACGACUUCGCCGCAUGCGCCCUGAACCGCACCAUUUCCGCCACCUGGGCCUGCCGUGACCAACGCAUCGCGAUGAACGCGUGCCUCGUCGACCACUCGACGCAGGAGCAGCGCGACCUGGCGCGCGAAGAGUGGUUCGCGACGAUGGAGGAUCGGCGGCGGGAGCGGGAGGAACAG